AUGCCUCGGAACUUGUCACAGUCACCAUCAUGGUCGCCUACGUACAGGCGAAGGCCUUCACCAUCACCUCCAGGGCAUAGAUAUAGCAGGAGAAGUCGAAGGGACAGAAGCCGGUCACCAUAUUCAUCGUAUUCUCAUAGCAGGUGACCCCGUUUAUAUUAUUCUUGCUAGAUAUUUCAUAUUAGCUAAUGGUGAAGCAAUUGUGAGAAAGUAUAGGACUCACUGACUUCUUUUGCGGAUGGAAAUACAAUAUGGUCAAGUUGAUUCUGUAUGCAACCCAACCUUAACUGUUUCAUGAAUGUUGUAGCUCAAAAUUCAUUUCUUAAUCCUAAAAUAUUGUGCUGAAUUCUCUUGGAGGAAAUUGCAGAAAAUGGUUCUGAGUUAGAUUUUUACACUCCAAAUUAUCAGUAUUUUUGUUUCUUUGUGUAACAUGUUCAAGUGCUUGGGCAUACAUGGUUUGAUAAUUUCCUUUCUUAUGCCGAUGGAGUCUCUUGUGAGUUUUCACAGGCACUUCCUUGAUGUAUAAAACUUACAUUGUAUGAACAUCAUGCUGGCAUUCAAGUUCGAGAUCAGUUAAGAAGAUUGAUGAUUUUGUAGCGCAGAACAAUAAGCAACCAUCUUUCUUUUGAUGGGCACCUGACUAUUUGGAACUUACUGCUUUCAUGGAACAUGGAAAGAGGCGAAUUAAGAUUAAUUGGAGUGGUAAAUAGAGUGCUUUGAGAGCAUAUAGGAUGCAUGGUCUUUAUAGGAAAGUGAAGAAACUCAAUUUCUUUCCAUCAUAAUGGAAUGGGAAGUGAGCAGGUGAUGGGUGUCGAUGUGUGUUCUUUCUUGCUCGAUUCUGACAUUUGUUUCUUCAUGUGAUAAAAGAUGGAGCACAAGUUAUUCUUAACAAUAUAUGAGGCGGAGAAGUCGUUCUACAUCCACUCGACGCCUCAAAAUUCAUUCUCCAACUCCAAGGCGUAGAAAAAGCCGCUCAACUACCCCUAGGCAACACAAGAGGCAAAGAAGUCAUAGUUCCUCGUUGACUCCUACUCAUAAAUCUUCUAGUUUAAGUCUUGGGUCACCAGAAAGAAAAAAUGCAAUUGAAAAACUGAAAAAAGAAGAAGAGAAGAAAAGGCGUCAGCAAGAAGCAGAAUUGAAGCUGAUAGAAGAAGAAACAACAAAGAGGGUGGAAGAAGCCAUCCAAAGGAAAGUGGAAGAGAGUUUGAACACUAAGGAGAUUCAGCAGGAAAUGCAGAAGCGUUUAGAAGAAGGACGCAAAAGACUUCGUGAUGAAGUUGCUGCCCAACUUGAGAAAGAAAAGGAAGCUGCUGUUAUAGAAGCCAGACACAAGGAGGAGCAAAUUCGAAAAGAGAGAGAAGAGCUAGAAAAGAUGGUUGAGGAGAACCAAUGGCGUGUGGAAGAAUCUCAGGAAAAGGAAGCUUUGGAGCAGCAGCAGAGAGAGGAGGAAAGGUACCGGGAGCUAGAAGAACUACAAAGACAAAAAGAAGAGGCCAUGAGAAGGAAACAGCAGCAAGAAGAUGAAGAACGUUUAAAGCAGAUGAAACUCUUGGGCAAGAAUAAAUCCCGGCCGAAAUUUUCAUUUGCCUUGGGCUCAAAGUGAUUAUUAUCAGUAGAUUUUUGUAUCUCUCGAAUGUAUCUUUUGGAUUCAAUCUCAUGUCACUUCUUGCAUUUGUAAUUUGAGGAUGAUAUAUUGGUCUAUAAGUUUGGGUGUGCGUCUCAGAGAUGUGAUCACAUUUAAACAA